CACAGAAACAUUGAGACACUUACUACGUACACAAUGGCUCCCUCCGGAUUGGCAAUUCUCUUAGGCGCAGGCCCCGCUACUGGUGCUGGCAUCGCACGCGUCUUGGCCGACCCGGCUCGCGGCAACAUGGCAGUCGCGCUGCUUGCUCGACGCUCUGAAGUGCUAAACGACCUAGUGAAAGGCCUCAAGUCAUCUCUUGAUGAUCCUGUCGUCGAAGCUUUCCCUUCAGACACCUCGCCUGAUUCGUUGAAGAAAGCAUUCUCAGACAUCGGCCAGCACAAGUCUUUCAGCGGUCUUAAGCUCCGUGUAGCCAUCUACAACGUCAAGCACUCUUCCAAGAAGCCUUUCCUGACCGAGACCUACGGCGAUUUCACCGAAUCAUUGGAAACAUAUGUCGGGGGCGCCUUCACGUUCUCACAGGAAUCACUCAAGCGAUUCUUUGCCGACCAUGGAGAGUCAACACUAGCCGAAGGCUCCCCUAAGAAAGGCACACUCAUCUUCACGGGAACUCUCGGUGCUCUCAGAUGCAAUGCCGAGUACGCGGCAUACGGCGCUGGCAGAUCAAGCGUAAGACAGCUUGCCCAGACACUCGCUCGCGAGUUCAGUGCGAAAGGUGUCCACGUCGCACAUUGUAUUGGCAACGGAUCCAUCGAAGAUAAGGACGGAGAGGAUCAGAAGACCGGAAAGAAGAUAUCGGCUGAAGCUGUGGGCAAGACCUAUCUAUGGUUGGCGGAGCAAGAACCGUGCUUGUGGACUCAUGAGCUCGAUAUGAGACCCGCACAGGAGAAGUUUUGAGCAAUAGGGCGAACGCCGACAGGUUAUCGCUGCACAGGAUCUUCCUAUCAACUCCGAACGCCGCAAAUCUACGGUGCUAUACGGUAUCUACCAACGUCUGUAGUAUGUAAUGCCAAGUCGUUAUUGUCAGGGUUAUCUCUGAUGGCC